GGUAAGCUAUUUCUAUUUGCUUGGGAUAGUUUUGUUUUUUGGGUUUUCUUUUCAGAUGGGCGAAAUACUGGAUGGCUACAUCGCCUGUGACAACGAAUCGAGGGCCGGAAAUAUCGCAACGUCGCUACGGUGUUGAUAACAUCAAAAUCCAACGACAUAUCAAUUAAUAUCGAAGACAAAAUCGUCAGAAUUUUAUUGAUAACAUGGCGCAUUGUCGGAUUAUCGGAAGCGACUUGAAGCGGAUCUCGAAAACUUUUCAAUACAGUUUAUCGCACGUUAUACGUAUUUUAUCGAGAAUUCAUUCGCCGAUCGCCAUGCGUGUCAACGUUCCCAAAACCCGCCGGACGUACUGCAAGGGCAAGGAUUGCAAAAAGCACACCCAGCACAAAGUCACCCAGUACAAGGCUGGAAAGGCUUCCCUCUUCGCCCAGGGUAAGCGUCGUUACGACAGAAAGCAGAGCGGUUAUGGUGGUCAGACAAAGCCUGUUUUCCACAAGAAGGCUAAGACCACCAAGAAGGUCGUGCUCCGUCUGGAGUGCACCCAGUGCAAGACCAAGGCUCAAUUGGCUCUGAAGCGAUGCAAGCACUUCGAGCUCGGUGGUGACAAGAAGACCAAGGGUGCUGCUCUUGUUUUCUAAACGCAUAAAAUUUGGAACUGCAAGAAGCAAGAGGUGUUGGUGUUUCGUUUUCCCGAUUACAAGAUUUAUUUCUUAUGUCACGUCUUGGCUUGGGGGUGUUAUACUCUUUUUCGUCAUGCAUUCAUGUUAUGACACGAUGAAACAAAACACAUGUAAUCCUCCACUCUGGCCUUGCAAUGAACAAGG